CGGAACUGAAGCAGCAGCUCAGAGCUUCUUGCUCUGAAGUGGCAGCACAGAGAGGGAGCCCAGUGACGACGUGAAAAGCUGGGGGCUUAGAGCAGACACUCGCACUAUUGGAGAUGUGGAAGUCUGUAGUAGGGCAUGAUGUAUCUGUCUCCGUGGAGACCCAGGGUGAUGAUUGGGACACAGACCCUGACUUUGUGAAUGACAUCUCUGAGAAGGAGCAACGGUGGGGAGCCAAGACCAUUGAGGGCUCUGGACGCACAGAGCAUAUCAACAUCCACCAGCUGAGGAACAAAGUAUCAGAGGAACAUGAUAUUCUCAAGAAGAAGGAGAUGGAAUCAGGGCCCAAAGCAUCCCAUGGGUACGGAGGUCGAUUUGGGGUGGAAAGAGACCGAAUGGACAAGAGUGCUGUGGGCCAUGAAUAUGUCGCUGAGGUGGAGAAGCACUCUUCUCAGACUGAUGCUGCCAGAGGCUUUGGUGGCAAAUAUGGAGUUGAGAAGGACAGGGCAGACAAGUCUGCAGUUGGUUUUGAUUACAAAGGAGAAGUGGAGAAGCACGCAUCUCAGAAAGAUUACUCUCAUGGCUUUGGAGGCCGCUAUGGUAUAGAGAAGGAUAAACGGGACAAGGCAGCUCUGGGAUAUGACUACAAGGGAGAAACAGAGAAACACGAGUCCCAAAGAGAUUAUGCCAAGGGCUUUGGUGGUCAAUAUGGAAUCCAGAAGGACCGAGUGGAUAAGAGCGCUGUUGGCUUCAAUGAAAUGGAGGCCCCAACCACAGCUUAUAAAAAGACGACACCCAUAGAGGCUGCUUCCAGUGGUGCCCGUGGCUUGAAGGCAAAAUUUGAGUCUAUGGCUGAGGAGAAGAGGAAGCGAGAGGAAGAAGAAAAGGCACAGCAGAUAGCCAGGCAGCAACAGGAGAGAAAGGCUCUGAAAAAGAUGAGCCACGAGGCUCAGCAGCCAGUGAACACUGUGCGAGAGCCGGAGGUGCCAGCCCCACUGCCCAAGAAAAUCUCCUCAGAUGCCUGGCCUCCAGCAGGGAGCUCUCCAUCAUCUGAGCCUGAGCCUGUGAGAACCAGUGCAGAACGCCCAGUGCCUGCCCUGCCCUUGCUUCAGAAUCCCCCAGAGGAUGAGGAGCCCCCGGCUUUGCCUCCUAGGACUCUGGAAGGCCUACAGCUCGAGGAAGAGCCAGUGUAUGAAGCAGAGCCUGAGCCUGAGCCUAAGCCUGAGCCUGAGCCUGAGCCCGCGGCUGAGCCUGAGAAUGACUAUGAGGAUGUUGGAGACAUAGACAUACGUCAAGAGGAUGGUGAAGCAGAUGGGGACUAUGAGGAUGUGCUCGAAGUUCAGAGUCCCUCUUGUCCUACUCCGGCUGAAUCAUCUGGCUACCCAGCUGGGACUGGAACAGGGAUCUCAGCGAUAGCCCUGUAUGAUUACCAAGGAGAGGGAAGUGAUGAAAUUUCCUUUGAUCCUGAUGACAUCAUCACUGACAUCGAGAUGGUGGAUGAGGGCUGGUGGCGGGGACGUUGCCAUGGCCACUUUGGACUCUUUCCUGCAAAUUAUGUCAAGCUUCUCCAGUAACGGGCCCUCCUUGUCUUCUGCACUGUGACUUCCCAUGUCCAGAGUGAUUCUGCAUCCGCCUGUGCCCCAUUCCUGCUGCAAAUAUCAUGAGUUGCUUGAUAUUCUAGACAGACUUUCCUCUCCUUCUCCACUAGGGGUUGAGGCAGAGACAGCAUGAGAAAGGGGUGGGCCUUCCCCUCAGCGUACUCUCGACCCUAGAUGAAUUCAUGGAUGUUUCUCUUGUGGUCCUUCCUCCUUCCCUGUGAAUGCUCCCUCAAGUACCCCAAGUUCUGCCUUGCUCUGUUUGUGAGCUCUGAACAUCCUGGUUUGCUUACAUGGGAAGGUAUAUCUAGUUUGCCUUUCCUUUUCCACAGAGAUAUAUUUUUUUAAGUCUUCUCUCUGUCCAGUCUUAAAUCAGAAAUAAAAUGGGACUAUGAUUCAUCUCCA